AUGGCCGGCGGAGGAGCGCGAGGCCGUGGGGGCUCGCGAAGUGGUGCGCUGGGCAUGUUCCAAUCGAGUGGCGUUGUAUAUAGAGAAGAUGCGACAGAGGAUAGUGCAGGCUCCGAGCCUGUGUUUGAAGCGCCGCGUGCGGAUGAGCUCGAUAUUGCACGCACGCAGCUGCACAUCCUUCGGAGCCAACCGAGCUCGCCGUACUGGGCGAGAAUGCCGUCAUUAAAUGCAGACGAGCAGGAUCUGCCGCGGUACACGGAUCGGUAUCAUCCUGACCGACAUGCGCAUGCAUCGACGGCCUCGCUUCUGCACCAUGCGCCCCUGCACAAAGCCAUCUUUCCCCCGCAGCUCUUUGCAAGCUUCACCAGCACAGAAACGAAGCGCAUGCGGCCCGUGCGGCGCAUGCGGCGCAACUCUGCUGCCCAAAUUGACUGGGAUAAUCUGCAUAUGGAAGAAAAAGGGACGGGUGAAGGCGAGGAAGAAGCUGCGUCCGAGUCCGAUAAAGAGGAGCUUGGCGAGUACGAGGAUGAGGAUGAGGAUGAUUAUGCACAAAACUACUUUGACAACGGGGAAGAUGAUGUGGAUGGCGAUGAUGGCAAUGGCGAGGAGGCUGCAUUUGAUUAG